UUCAAAUAGCUAGAUAUGUAGACAAUCAUAUGAAAUACAAUGUAACCAUCAACAGAAAUGUAAAACAAAUGUAAUUAAUGAAGGAAUUUCACAAGCCACAUUUCUCCAUUAAAAAAAGUUAAGAAAAAUAUUUGCUGCAACAGCAAAGAAAUAAUAAUCAAUCGGAAUAACAUUACACCAAAUAACAUCUGAGUAGGCUACAAUUCAGAAUCCAAAGCCAUUCAUAUUACAUCUGUAUUGCGUCUAGACAAUCUUUGCUUUAUUUUCCCGCGUAGAAAUGACACUAUCUGGUGGGAGACAAUGGAUUUUUUUUACUUGACAGUGGUUCUUCGAUCACUCGUAUUCUGAUUGGUCUCUGUGUGUUCCCAGGUCUCCGCUCUCCGCAACUGGUCUCGGGCCGCAAAGCGUUGCUAGGAUACAUUGCAACAAAUGUGUCCAUCGUUACUGGAUACAGUUCUACAGAAAACAUUACGUCAAAGGCACAUUUUUUACACAACGACGUUGUAAAACUGUCUAGAGACAAGAAAAGUUCCAUGUAACUCUCUGUGAGCUCUGAAUGCUCUUUUUAGAUUCAUACGAUUGAAACCAAAAUACAUUCAGACCAAAUGGAAACUGCGACUGUUGUCCGGUAUGGUCGAAGGAGUGGGUCCAGCAAAACAACGCUAGCAGUUGAGGGGACAAAAGCAAUGCAACCACCAGAUCUUCGACAAGUCACUGUUUUGCCCAAAGCCGAAUGGCUCCGAAUUCAAGGUAGUUUGAAUCAAGGGAAUAAAUACAACGAGAGUCUAAAGGAAGCAACCAAACAACGAGAAGCUAUGCACCUGAGGUCCAAGGAGGUGGUGAAAUUCUGGUCUAACACAAUAGCUGGACAAAGACAAAAGAAACUGGAGGCAAAGAGGAUUCGGGAGGAACUUGAAGAAGAGGAGAAGAAACAGAUGGAUAUUGAGGAGGCUAAAUAUCAGGCGCAAAAGAGGAAAGAAGCUAUUGAAAAGGCCAAAACUCAACAGUACUACGAGACUGAUCGUGUGAAAGGAUUUCAUAGUGCACUCUUGCUGACAGAGGUCCUGAAGGAAAGGGAGGCCCAGAUAGAACUGAAGCAGAGAAAGCAGGAUACCUCCAAAGAUGUGGACAAGGAAAUCAUGGAUAUCAUUAAGCGUAGAGAGGAUGAAGCUUUGCAAAAGGAGCAGCAGAAAGCUUUGCAGAGGAAGCUUGACAGCCAGGCCACAGCAGAAGACUUAAAACAGCAGGCAAAAGAACAUGAGAUGAAUAGAGAACGGGAGAAACUGGAAAACAAGGAAGAGGCAGAGGAACUCCAGCGACUAAAAGAGCUUUUUCUGUGGGAGCAAUGCAUGCAGGAGCAAAAGAAAGAGGAGCAGAAGAGAAAUACCAUGAAAGCUCACAUGGAGCAUCUCUCUAACAGAGAUAUCAUUAGAGCAAUAGAGGCACAAAAGCAAGAGAUGGAGGAGGAGCGCAGGAGGCUUUUUGCAAAUGCAAAACAGAAAAUGGGGAAGUUGAGGAAAGACAAAGAGGAAGAGAUGUUCAGAGAGGUCCAAAUGCACAGGGAGGGGAUCAUGAAAAAAACAGCUGCAAAACAGCAGGAGCAGAUGGACAAUGAGGAACUCAUCGCCAAGGCUAUUGCUCAACGGGAUGCCAGACAGGCACAGCAGCAGAAGGAGAAAGAUGACAAGAGGAUGGCUAUGCUGAACUCAAUUGCCUCACACAGAGAAGCCAUGAAAGAAGAACAGGAGCAGAAGAAAAGAGAACACAAUGAGAGAGCCAUUGACAUGCUUUAUGCCAAGAAAGAAGCGGACAGAAUAUUUAUUGAAAAACAACACCUGAAGGCACUGAAAAUAAAAGAGGAUGGAAGAACUUUACAAGACGUCUACAUUCAUCAAAUGGCUGAAAGACGUGCCAAGGAACAGCACAUAAGAAAGCAACAACAGGACUUUGAGACCAAAAAUGCAGAGCUCAUUGCUGUGGAGGAGAAGCAGUUCCAGCAGUAUGCAAAGAAUGUGAUCGAUACAUCCACCGAGGCCAAGAAAAAUAUUCACCCACUCCGCAAAGCUGCCAGGAAGGGAAUUGGAGGUGGUCUUGGCCACAUCUUUGGAGGAGUGAGACCAAGUUACUUGGUUCAAGAUGACACUGGUGCCCAGAUGCCCAAUUACGUCGGCAGUAGAUCUCAGGACGUCAAAGAGCUGAAUGAGACAUGUGAUAUUCAGCAAUCCAAGAAAAGACUUGGAUUCACAUGGUAAACGUCUGUUGAAAAGAGUAACAUGGUCAGGUGAAGCGUGAUUAGAAAAACAAUAAACCAAUGGAAUUCAGCAUUUCCUAAGCAUUUAUGAUAUACUCCCAUUUUGUAAUUUAUUUCACUCAAAAAACCCACACUUGAUAGGCAAGUUCUUGACUGACCUAGUGGGAUGAUUGCAGUCUUUUCAGCGCUCAAAGAUGAUUCAUCUCAGAAAUAUGGAAAUGUAAUGUCUCUGAAAUUAGAUUUUUAGUUUUGUUAUUUUACAUAAUAUACAUACACACAAUUCAAUCAAAACUAGUGCACAAAUUGGGAAACAAUGUUGAUCAUUAAAAGCCUGGUCCUAGAUCUGUACCUACAUGACAAAGAUAGUCAAGAGUUGGCUAAAGCACAGAUCUGGGACCAGGAUAUAUAGUUCGGUUUCAUUUCAAUACAUAUGAUUCACCCAGAUUAAAAUGUGACGUGUCAAUGUUAUCUUUAUAUCUAUUGUAUCAGUUGUCACUCUUCUGUGAAACAUUAUAAUAAACAAUCUAUAGGCAAUAAAACAAACAUUUUAACCAUAUCCUUUUAUUUUAAAACAUGGUUCAUUGGGGAAUAUUGAAUUCAGACCGUUUUUACAAAGCCAGUGGUUUUCAUUUAUAUUUUAGAGGAAAGUCAUGCCCAGGAAUUUAACACCUAGUAUGAACUAACAUGGAACUUCACAGCAAUGUAUUUACACAUUGCUCUGGUGAGGAAUUUUAAACGUUUUGAAAGAUGUAAUGGGUGAAAAUCUGAACAUAAAAUAAAAAUAAAAAUGGAUACAAUUAUACAAAAGUAAUUUGAGACUGAGGUCAAGAAAAAAGUUCUGGUUCCCUGAAACAGGUAAAAAAAGAAGAAGAACUAAACGGUAUACGCAUCUAACACCCCAAUCAUUUCACAAAAUGUCUGCACUCUUACCUGCCUUUCAAGUCAAAUUGAGCCUUCUCUGACAUCUCCACUUAAAUAUCAGAGAAAAUACUAAAAAGGAAAGGUCUUUUUUUUUUACAAAACCAUUUUAUAUGUUGAACUUACAAUAUGUUCUGUCACAAUGAGACUGUUGGUAAUUUAAACAAUCAAAAUGUUGAAAAUAACAAUAUGAUUAGUCAUACAUGUAAUAUUACUUGAGUCAGGCAUAUAGCCCAGAAAGACAAACUCAUCCCUUCCAUUAUAAUUAUCACAAUGGAAAUACGUCCCCUCAGUACGAGACCAGACUGUAAGAGAACAUUUUUAAUAAAACCUGACAAAAAUGUUCCUUCCAACACUUACCUGUUCAGUCACUUCCUUACUCGAUCAUUAAUAAACAUUACAUUCCCAACAUUUGUCAAAUUAGUCUGACAGCGGGAAAAAAAUAACUAAAACUUAAAAUGGCUUUUAGCCGCUGUCAAAUCUUAUGAAAUCUUAAUUUGUACAAAUAUUCCAGAAUUGUGUCUGUUGUGAUAUCUAACAAGUGUCUAAAAUAGGUCUACAGCAGAACCUCACACAUUAUUAGGCAUCAGCGCAUUAAUUUAUAUGUUCAAGGAUGGACAGGAAUGAACAUUUAGUGGACUAAUCAGUCAUCAGAACUUGAGCUGGAGCUGUACUUCUUUUUCUUGCUGUGGUUUUUAUCCUUCUCUUGGCUCUUUGACUUUUGAUUCCGCUCAGGGUUUUUCCCUGCAUCUUUGGACUUGUGAGAGGACUCUUUUUCUGGGCUGCCAUCCCUUUUCUUCUUGGAGAUGGGGCUCUUUCUACUUCUGUCCUUUCCUUUAUUCUCUGAGUUGCUGCUCUUGGACCGCCUUCGUCUGUGAGUGUCUUCACUGUCUUUGUUCUUCCUCUGAUGAGAUGAACCGUCUUUGCUAUGGUCUCUAUUGUUGCUCUUACUCCUGGAGCGCCUGCCUCUACGCGAGUCCCUGCUCUUAUUCUUGUCUGGACUCCUUGUCCGUUCUCUGCUCUUGGAUCUACCUCUCCUCUUGUCCUCCCUCUCUCUGUGAUGCUGUCUUUCCAUGCUCUUACUGCGCUCCCUACCUCGCUCUCUGUCCCGUGCUUGCUCUUUGUCUCGAGAUGAGGCACGUCUCCCCCUGUCCCUGCUUCUGCUGUUAGAUUGGUUUCGGUUCUUUCCAGAGUUCCUCUCCUUGCUUCUAGACUUUGUCCUCAGCUUCUCACCAUUUCUUCCUUUUGUCUCCUUUCUGUUCUUAAUGUCAGCCUCAGUGGGUUUAGCGCGUUCUUUACUUCUAUCACAGUCUUGAGUUCCAGACUCUGUGGCUCUCUCUUUAUUUAGGUUUCUGUCCUUGCUUCUUGAGCGGCCCCUCUUAUCAUCACCUUUGCCAUGUUUCUGAUCCCUCUCUCUGCUUUUGGACCUACAACUUUUCUCUUUGCUCCUACUGCAGCUUCGAGAUUUGGCCUUCUUUGCCUUGUGUUUGUUAUGCUUGUCUUCAGUUUUAUUAGGGUCCUUUUCUUUGCUCUUGGAUCUAUGAGAGCGACCUUUCUUCUCCUUCUCUCUGUUUUGACUGGAGUUUUCAGCAGUGUUUUCAUGCUUGGUUUCAGAAGUCUUCCUCCCUCUUCCUCUUGGAGCUUUGCCACUCUCAUUCCUGACCUCUGUCAUGUCACCCCUACAACAAAAAUACAGAGACAAGUCACCCCCACAGCAAACACAGAAUCCAAGUUAACUCUUUGAAUAAAACUUAAAUAACUGGCCCUUGGCUGAUGAUCCCUUUUGACAAUAGGAGAAAUUAGGAAAUACUUGAGAAGCCAUGUAAUUAGACCAGGCUGUUAAAGGUAAAAUCAGCUUAUCAGUCCAGCACUCACUGUCCAAAUAUUAACAAUAAAAAAGGUAAGACUUACUUGUCACCCUUGAUCCAGCGGUCUCCACUGGAUGCUCUUGGUGCCCUUUGUACACGCUGCAUCUCCUGGCGCCAGUGUGGAGGAGUCUCGCUGUGUCGGAAACGAUCCCUUGACCUUGACCUGGAGUGUGACGGAGUUCGGUACCGCUGCAAGUAAAAGAUUAAAUUGACAUUCACUUUCUAGAUCCUUGUUUUGCAGAAAUGGUAUGAUAGUACUGUACUUGUUUGAUAGUGCACUUACUCUUGGACCUCUGCCUUUAAUCGUCCUGCCUGAUCUUGUCAUCAGAAGUCUCCUCUUAAAUGCUGACUGACAAUUAAACAUUCUGCAACAAAACAAAAAGGUAUCUAAUUGAAUAUAGCUCCCAGUUGUAAAGAUUCAGAAUGAAAUGUUGUUCUGUCUUGUCCAUGAACUCACCUCUCCCUAGGCUUUUCCCUCUCCCUAGCCUUUUCCCUCUCCUUUCCAGCAUUAGCCUCUUCUUUUUGCUGCUGAGGACUUCUCCUCAUAAGGAACUUAUUUUCUGGGAUAGGAGGGAUUUCCUCUGGUCGUACCGUAGACGUAACCUCUUCCUCUUUCUCAUCACCACUGCCGGGCUCAGACCUACAGACAUUACAGACCAGACUUCAAACCUAUGCUUUAAUGAAGGUGGUUGUGGGAGUUAUCAUGCUAUGAAGCACAUUAAAACAGUUUUCAGUACAAACCCUUUCUUAUCUUUCUUCUUCUGUUUCUUGUCCUUCUUCUUGGACUCUUUCUUGCGCCUCUUCUUCCGUUUCUUGGAUUCUUUAUCAGAGUCACUCGCAGAUUCAGAAGAGGCAUCAGAACUGUCAGAGUCACUUGAGCUGUCGCUGCCACUGGAAAUGGCCUUUUGUCUUCUCUUCUCUUCUUUUUUUGCUGUAAAUAGUAGAGGACACUUAAUGAGCGCUAAGGAUACCUUUAAAAGCUGUGAUCCUGACGAUAAGACAGUCCAAGACCUACAAUCUAAAGCAAUAACAAGCUUAAAACAAUCUGCCAAAUUUUUUGGAAUCCUACAAACCUUUCGAUUUUGGAAUGAGCUCGCCACAGUUCAUAACUUUCACCUCAGAGUAUGGUCUACUGCCGGCAUCUGUCUUUUGACUCUCCAUUGUCUGAACGACCUCUUGUCCAGAGAUCACUUGGCCAAAAACCACAUGUACACUAGAAUAAAAUAAGCAAGUUAUGACAGGUGAUAACAACAAAGAACAGAUCACCAUUUAUAUAACAUGCUCUUAUUAUCAAAAGACAAUUCAAGCAGAUACAAAUGGUCAACUAAGUUGCAAUACUUGUACAAAUGUUAUACUUACCCAUCCAAGUGUGGUGUGGGUUUUGUUGUUCUG